ACGCCUCCGUCGUCCCGCUCUCACUCCCUCGCCCUCCACCGGCGCGUCGAGUUCGAAACCAUUCAAAGGUUGGCUUGUGAAAGAUGAGUUUGAUAUCUCAAAAUGCUCGCCCUAAAAACGAGGUUAACAAGACUAAGAGGGAGGUUGAAGAUGAUGUUGAGAACAAUAAUGAUACUCUGAAAGUGAAGAAGAGGAAACGAGAAGACAAGGGGGAACAGGUUGUAAUGGAACAAGUGAAGGAAAUGAAGAAACUUGAGAACUUUUUGUUUGGCUCUCUCUAUUCCCCUGUUGAGUUUGGAAAGGAGGAUAAUGAAGUGGAAGUUGGGAAUAAUGCAGCAAAGGUUUCUGAUUUAUUUUUCACUGACCGUUCUGCAGAUAGUGUUCUCCCUGUUUACCAGGAAGAUGGGGAGUUGUUUGAGGGAAAUCAUGAUGAUGAUGAUGAUGACCAGGCUAUGCAAAGGAAACCCGUGUGGGUGGACGAUGAAGAAGAAAAUGCCACUGUUAACAUAGCCAAGGUUAAUAGGUUAAGGAAGUUGAGGAAAGGAGAGGAUGAGAAUUUGAUCUCUGGUUCGGAGUAUGUGUCAAGAUUGAGGGCUCAGCAUGUUAAACUCAACCCGGGAACUGAAUGGGCGCAGCUUGAUUCGAGGUUGAGAAAAGAUGGAUCUUCUGACGAUGAGUUAACGGAUGAAGAAAAUGAAGCUGUUGUGGGUCGUGGUUAUGAGGAUGUGGAUGAUAUUCUCAGGACAAAUGAAGACCUGGUUGUGAAGAGGAGCUCAAAAUUGUUGCCUGGACUUCUUGAGUACUCUAGACUUGUGGAUGCAAAUAUUCAGGAUCCUUCUAAUGGGCCGGUGAAUUCGGUUCAAUUCCAUCGCAAUGCACAGCUGCUUCUUGCUGCAGGAUUGGACCGGAAGCUUAGGCUUUUUCAAAUUGAUGGCAAGCGAAACACCAAAAUUCAGAACAUUUUCCUUGAAGAUUGCCCCAUUCGAAAAGCAUCAUUCUUGCCAGAUGGGUCUCAGAUUAUACUAUCUGGAAGAAGAAAGUUUUUUUAUAGUUUUGAUUUAGUUAAGGCUAGAGUUGAUAAAGUAGGUCCUCUGGUUGGUAGGGAAGAGAAGAGUUUGGAGGUUUUUGAGGUGUCCUCUGAUUCUCAAAUGAUAGCUUUUGCAGGUAAUGAAGGUUACAUUUUAUUGGUUUCAGCAAAAACUAAGCAAUUAGUUGGUACUCUAAAGAUGAAUGGAACAAUCCGUUCCUUAGCUUUUGCUGAGAAUGGACAACAUCUAUUGAGUGAAGGUGGUGAUGGCCAGGUUUACCACUGGGAUCUGAGAACAAGGACUUGCAUACAUAAAGGUGUAGAUGAAGGUUGCAUAAAUGGCACAGCUCUCUGUACCUCACCAAGUGGGACUCAUUUUGCAGCUGGUUCAAACAGUGGAAUUGUGAAUAUUUACAAUAGAGAGGACUUUCUUGGGGGCAAGAGAAAGCCUAUCAAGACCAUAGAGAAUUUGACUACAAAAGUUGAUUUUAUGAAAUUUAAUCACGACUCUCAAAUAUUAGCAAUUUGUUCAGGCAUGAAGAAGAGCAGUUUAAAAUUAAUACAUGUUCCAUCGUACACUGUGUUCUCCAACUGGCCUCCGCCAAAUAUGAGCCUGCAUUACCCCCGCUGUAUUGAUUUUAGUCCAGGUGGUGGUUUCAUGGCUGUGGGAAACGCUUCUGGCAAAGUGUUAUUGUAUAAGUUGCACCAUUACCAGCAUGCCUAGUGAAGACUUGAAAUACUAGCAUGGUUUGAGAGUUUUGUUAGUGUAUUUUUCUUGUUCAUUUGGAAAAUUUUGAGACUUUAUUUGUAUUUUAUCGUUAAUCAUUAAUUACUGAAGCUUCAUAUGUUUUUUAGAAGUAAAAUGUAACCUAUCUUCAUGUAUUUUUUUCCAUCAAUUUUAUUGGGCUUCAACUUUCUUUUUUCCUUUGAAUUUUUUUAAUAAUAUUUCAAAUUAAUCCC